AUGACUGUUGUACCGGAACUCAAACCCCAAGAUGUUGGGGUUGCCAUCCCAAUCGCUCCUCAAAUCAGUCCAGAGACUUAUACCUACGACUACAUCAUCGUCGGUGGUGGAACCGCGGGGUCCGUGCUCGCAUCGAGGUUGAGCGAGGACCCUAGCGUCUCGGUGCUGGUCAUCGAGCGCGGACCAGUUGCAGACACCUGGGCCUCGCGUGUACCCCUUCUGUCGUCGAACAUUUUCGACAAGGAUGGUCCCAUACGCACCUGGUGGUCCUUGCCGAUGCGCAACGCGAAUAAUCGGUUUGCGCAAAUCAUGUCGUCCGAGGCGCUGGGCGGCGUGUCACGCAUUAACGGCCUGCUCUACACACGAGGUACCCCCGGAGAUUACAAUCAGUGGAAAGCGCUCGGAAACCCUGGUUGGGGCUAUGAAAAUCUAGAGCCUUACUUCGUGAAAUCUGAGAAGACGUCCAGUCAUCCAGCGUCGAAGUUUCGUGGACAUGACGGAGUUUGGCAGAACCGGACCUCGAAAGAUCCGUACCAUACAAAUCAAUACAUCGUACGUGCUCUGCAGAAGGCAGGCAUAGAACAAGUGCCGGAUCUGAACGCCCCGGAUGCACCAGCUGCAUGCGUGGGCCGUACGGACCACAUCGUCGACAACGAUCACAACAGGAGUUCGACCAAUCGCGCGUUCCUCUCUCCGCAGCUCACUCAAGAGCGGAAGUCACGCCUGAAGAUCUGCACGAGCACGCUCGUUACGCGAAUCGAGCUGGUCGGGCUGGGGGACGAGCUUCGUGCGGUUGGCGUGCAUUUCGAGGCUAACGACCCGAGAUUGGCUAGGCAGCAGUAUUUCUCUAGGGCUAGACGGGAGGUAGUCCUGUGCGCGGGAGCCCUCGCGUCCCCACAGAUCUUGAUGCUGAGCGGUCUUGGACCCGAGGAGCAUUUGCGACAGAAGGGUAUCCCUGUCGUUCGUGAUCUCCCUGCUGUUGGCGGCCAUCUGCAAGAUCACGUCGGUCUUCCGAUUAUGUUCGAGGUUCCCAUGCGCGACUCCGUACAUCAGCUACAGACGAACCCACUGAAAGCCGCAGUCGAGUUCGGGAAAUAUUUGGUCGCUGGCCGUGGUAUACUCUCUCACCCCUUGGAGCUCAUGUCCACGUUCGUCCCAACCCGUCUUCUCGACGAAGACCUCUCGCUCUCUACAAAUGAUGCCCGCGAACUGGACGCAUCUAUCCCGAAGAACCGUCCCGACAUCGAGUUCAUGCACAUCCCCAGCAACAGUACCCAAUACGACAUACCCGGCAAGGGCAUCUUCACGCUCAAUACCGUCCUCAUCCGCCCCAAAUCCGAGGGUACGGUCCGCUUGCAGACAAGCAAUCCCCGCGCGAGACCGGAUGUCGACCUCGGUUUCUUCACCUCGCCGGACGAUCUCGUUCCGCUCCGCAAGGGGGUCCGUCUAGCCAUGCGUAUUGCUGAUGACGUGGUCAAGCAAGGCUACCCGCUCAAGCACUUGCUGGUGCCCGAUGGCAAGACCGAGGACGACAUAGACAGGUUCAUUCGUGCGAACGCCGCGACGUCGUGGCACUACACGUCUACGUGUCGCAUGGGGCAGGAGACACAUGGAAGCCAAGAGAGCGUUGUCGACGCGGAGCUGAAGGUGCACGGGGUUCAGGGCCUCCGGGUCUGUGAUGCUUCUGUGUUUCCUGAGAUCAUUGGAUCGCACACGAUGGCCCCCGCAGUAGUCGUCGCGGAGAAGUGUGCGGCGAUGAUGCGGGGCCAGGUUCAGUAG